AUGGCUACUCCAAAUGAAACAUCACCUACUGCAGCAAUUACAUAUUUUUCCUCCUAUGAUUACAAUUAUGACGAUGAUCCAGGGAUAUGUGAAAAAGAUGAAGUGAAAAAUUUCGGAUCGUCGUUCCUUCCCUCGUGUUAUUCGCUCGUGUUCCUGCUUGGCUUAGCAGGGAAUAUCCUUGUCCUCUUAGUGCUACUGAAAUACAAGAGGCUGAGAAGCAUGACAGAUAUCUACCUGCUCCAUCUUGCCAUCUCUGACUUGUUCUUUGUUUUUGCUCUUCCUUUCUGGUCUUAUUUUGUGGCUGACGAGUGGCUGUUUGGAAACUGGCUAUGCAAAUUCUUCUCGUGGGUUUAUCUGACUGGUUUUUACAGUGGGAUAUUUUUCAUCACGCUCAUGAGCAUUGAUCGGUAUCUCGCAGUUGUUCGUGUGGUGUUUGCCUUGAAAGUGAGAACUGUCACUUACGGCACCCUGACCAGCCUUAUUGUGUGGCUAGUGGCCAUGGCAGCUUCCGUUCCAGGGCUGGUGUUCAGUGAAACUGUUCUUGAAAACGAUCGUAUCAUAUGCAGGCCAAAUUAUCCCAAGAAUGAUAUGACGUGGAAAUUUUUUACCGCUUUGGAAUUCAAUAUUUUGGGCCUUCUGGUUCCAUUCGCAGUCAUGUUCUUUUGUUACAUGCAGAUACUCAGGGCCUUGUGCCACUGCAGAAAUAAAAACAAGAAGAAGGCAGUGAAGAUGAUCUUUGUCGUUAUGAUUGUAUUUUUCCUGUUCUGGACCCCUUAUAACAUUGUGCUUUUCCUACAGUGUUUGCAUGAUGCACACAUUAUUGAAGGAUGCCGAAUCAGCACAAACCUAGACUAUGCCUUUCAGGCAUCUCAAACGCUAUCCUUUUUUCAUUGUUGUCUCAAUCCCGUGAUCUACUUCUUUAUGGGGCAAAAGUUCAAGAAAUAUAUCAGCUUGCUCUUUAAGAAUAAUGUCUUCUAUAGAGCACUUUGCAAACCUUGUGGGCUUCCUGACACUGUCUCCUCUGAGUUGACAGCCUCAUCCCGUACUCAAUCCACCAGUGAUGAAGAAGCACUCUGAAGAUUCACAAAUGGCCUCUUGUGAAACCAGAUCAACAUGUGGCAUCAUUAUGCAUCAAAGGGAGCUUAUGCUUCCUUUACUGAAAGCUAGUAGCUAACUCGUUACUUGAACACAGCCUUUCACUGAAGUUUUGGGCAAAAACGAGAAGAAAAAGCAGGAGCCAACUUGGGAACAUCAUGAAAAACAUUUCCCUGAACCUGUUGUUUAUAAUAGUAGCCAAACAAAAUUGUAAGCUUCCCAGCCUGUCAAUCUACCAUAUAUUGUCAACUCUGUGGUCAACAGAAGCAUUGUUAAACUCUCUCUUUUUGAACUCCUUUCAUAUCUUGGGAUCUUUUUUCUUUCAGAAGCAAGACCACUUAUU